AUGAAAAAUAAACUGACAACUUACGAUAUAAAAUUCCGCAGGAAGGCACUUCCAAAGAUCCUCAAGCUAUUUCGCCAGACGCCCAAACCUGAGCGGACUGUAUUCCCGGGCUUCCUGGAUCUUCCUAGCGAGAUUCGUCUGCUUAUCUACCGAUUUGCCUUCGCUACUACCUACGACCAUAUCCUCGUCACUGUCGAUCGUGACAGGCGUGCGAGUCGUCCGAUAAUAAACACAGAUGACCCAAACGAACGACCUACUCGAGAGCUUAGAUAUACCCGCAAGCCUUCCAUACAUCUGCCGGUAGCCUUACUUCGGACAAACCAACAGAUAUACUGUGAAGCCCUUCCAGUUCUAUACACGAACACCAUAUUCUCAGCCUCCUCGAAUCCCACCUCGUUAAUGUACUUGAAAGAUCGCCUGUCGGAAUUCGCAAGAAACAAUAUUCGACAAAUUCAGCUUUGCCCUACCUCUCUCCUCUCGCAGUCUUUUAUUCGGGAGCGAGAGUUGCUAUCGUGGACCGUCGUUUGUGCUGAAGUCGCUAAUCUUCCUGGCCUCCGCCAGGUUCGGAUAUCAUACCCCAACGCGGAGAUGCUAAAAGAUGGUACUGUAGAGUUCCAUCGACGGCGAUAUGCAAAAUGGUUAGGUUUAGUUCGAGCUGAAAAGUCUCUUGUCUUUGACGUAUUUGAGGGUAGCGCAGAAGAAAGGGAAGAAUGUCGAAGGCAGUUCAUAGAUAUCAUACAAGAUACCGAUGACACCUUGGGAGAAUGA